AUGCUCCGGGUCACCUCGCUGCUGCCCGCCCUGCUGUUCGUUCUCCUGCCGGGCCCGAGCUGGGGGUAUUUCCCCGAGGAGCGCUGGAGCCCCGAGUCUCCGCUCCUCGCUCCCCGGGUCGUCAUCGCGCUGGUCUGCCGCAACUCUGCGCACUCUCUGCCGCUGUUCCUCGGAGCCGUCGAGCGCCUCAACUACCCGAAGGACCGUAUUGCGCUGUGGGUGGCGACAGAUCACAAUACCGACAACACCACGGCCAUCCUCAGAGACUGGCUCAUUAAGGUGCAGAAUUACUAUCACUAUGUGGAGUGGAGACCUGAAGAUGAACCCAGUGCCUUUGAAGACGAGGUGGGGCCCAAGCACUGGAACAACCUCCGCUACGAACACGUAAUGAAGCUACGUCAGGCAGCGCUGGAAACUGCCCGUGAGAUCUGGGCCGACUACCUCAUGGUGGCCGACUGUGACAACCUGCUCACCAAUCAGGAUGUGCUGUGGAAGCUCAUGAGGGAGAACAAGACCAUCGUAGCUCCCAUGCUGGAGUCCAGAGCGGCGUACUCCAACUACUGGUGCGGCAUGACCUCACAGGGUUACUACAAGCGUACACCAGCAUACAUGCCCAUCCGUAAGCAAGAGCGUCGUGGCUGUUUCGCUGUGCCGAUGGUUCACUCCACCUACCUGGUGGACCUCAGGAAAGAGGCGUCCCGUCAGCUGGCCUUUCAUCCGCCACACCCCGAGUAUAGCUGGGCCCUGGAUGAUGUCAUUGUCUUUGCCUACUCAGCUCGCAUGGCAGAUGUGCAGAUGUACAUAUGCAACAAAGAAACUUACGGGUAUUUCCCGGUGCCAAUGCGUUCCCUUGCUACUUUGCAGGACGAGGCGGAGAGCUUUUUGCAUACUCACCUCGAGAUCAUGGUGAAAAAUCCACCGUUGGAGCCCUCCAGCUUCCUGUCUCUUCCUCCCAAGCAGCCUAACAAGAUGGGCUUUGAUGAGGUGUUUAUGAUAAAUCUGGUGCGGAGAUCUGACCGUCGUGAGCGAAUGCUAAGAACUCUGUUUGAGCAGGAGCUCAGCUGUAAGGUUGUUGCUGCUGUGGAUGGCAAAGCUCUGAACAUGUCUGAUAUAGAGCCUAUGGGGAUUAAGAUGCUGCCAGGGUAUAAAGACCCUUAUCAUGGGCGACCUCUCACCAAGGGUGAACUGGGGUGUUUCCUCUCUCAUUACAACAUCUGGAAGGAGAUAGUGGACCGCGGUCUGAAGACUUCUCUGGUGAUCGAGGACGACCUUCGCUUUGAGGUGUUCUUCAAACGUCGCCUGCAGACGCUGCUGCAGGAGGUGACGACACACAAGCUGGACUGGGAUCUCAUUUAUAUUGGGCGAAAGCGAAUGCAGGUGGACCACCCAGAGAAAUCUGUACCAAAAAUCCACAAUCUGGUGGAGGCAGAUUACUCAUACUGGACACUCGGCUAUAUGUUGUCACUACAAGGAGCCCAGAAGCUCCUCAGGGCCGAACCUCUAUCCAAAAUGCUUCCUGUCGAUGAGUUCCUCCCUGUUAUGUAUAACAAACAUCCAGUCUCAGAGUACAUGGACCACUUUGAGCGCCGAGACCUGCGUGCAUUUUCUGCCGAGCCGCUUCUGGUGUAUCCAACCCAUUACACAGGAGACGCGGGUUACAUCAGUGACACGGAAACAUCAGUGGUUUGGGACAACGAGACAGUCAAAACUGACUGGGACCGAGCCAAGUCAAGGAAAACUCAAGAGCAGGGGGAGCUGAGUUUCGAAGCCCAAAACUCUGAUGUGCUGCAGUCUGAACUGGAGAACUGGAGCGCACGGGACGAGCUGUGAUGAAGAAGGAGGAGUAAGAGAAAGAACUCUGGCAUGCAGAGAUUAGGAUGAGAGAGAUAGAUCAUAGCUGUGAUAGAGGUGGGACAUGGCAAAUGUGGAUGGAACAUAACAGAAAACAGGAGCCCAAAGAAACAAAGGCAGAGCAGACGGACACUGGGCUGAUGAGGAACAAAUGCUUUUCCUUGUACAUUUCUCUCCACGGUUGGAUCUUUCUCUUGAGACAGGAGGUUACAUGUAGAGUUAACUCUUGAAGAGUCAGCUAGCAGCUUUUGUUUUAUUUAUUGCAUCCAACACACAUCCCUGGUUCACUAACACUUAAAUAUCUUUAUUAGAUUUUUUUCUUCCAGACUUAUGCAAUAAUACAUAAAUUUCCCUCUGCGUAUUUUGUAACAAAAUAAGACGAUUCGGUAGCCUAGCCACGCUAGACCCAGGUCUGAAGACACAAGGGUUUAGGAACUCUUGACAGGGAGGGAGGCGGGCUAAAAGGUUGUCUUUCAAAUCACUCUGCAGCAAUUGGGAAGGUAUACAACCAAUCAGUGCAACGAAUAGGCUGAUGUACUUCCUAGAGCGCCAGAAAUCGGAGGAUGCAGGAGUUUGGUGAAGCCUUAUUUAUACAGUCAAUGGGUGAAGCUCAAGUAUAUUACAGAUAUGUUAACAUAAAGAUUAUUCAGAGUCGGUGCUAAUGGAGCUCAACGACUGUUGUCGACCCUGACGGAGAAUUAAAUUCGUUGCCGUGGGUUGUCUAGCGCGGCUAGGCUAGUUGUUUCCGGUUGUUUCUGUCAGAAUCGUUGUGCCUCUGUCGUCACUUAGUUACGCCCGCCUUCUGACUCUACACUUCAUGGUGAUUCGUUCGGCCAGUUUUAGGAGCUUCCAAUCUCGAGGCUUACCGAAGGUAACUAGACCCACCCUGGCAGAGAAUUAAAUUUGUUGCAGUGGGUUGUCUAGCGCGGCUAGGCUAAAGAUUUGGAAGAAGAUUGGGUAAUAAUUUCACACUAAAAUGUCUCUAAAGAAUCACAAUUAUGCCAAAAUGUCCUAUAAUUAUAUGGUCAAGCUGAAGUAUGUUGUUGGCGAAAAUGGGAGCCUGUAAAUUACACAAAGAUUGUUACAUUUCUUUUUGUACAGACUUAAAGAAAUCGGAGUCACUAAAACAUUGCCUUUGCUGUACUCUUAGUGGUUCCUAAUCUGUUCGGCUUCUUCCCCCUUAAAAACUGUUGUGCCACUAGUUAUAUAUGUUACAAAUUAGAGAAACAAGAGGAAAGAAAACAAUCAUAGUUUAUAGUCAAAUAUACUGAUAUUUUCCUGUCAAAUCAUUUUGUGAUGUCUGAGAUUUCUCUUUGAAACCCAGCUUGGGAACCACCGCUUUGUUCUUCUUUUUUAGUCACUCAACACCUUGAUUUUACUUUUUUCUCCUUUUAAUUUUAAUUACUAUACAUUUUAUUGUUUCUAUACACUUAACCUUGCUUCCUCUUCACUGAUGAAUGUAUAUUUGUGGGAGUUUUUUUCACUUGUUAAAAAAGCAAUUUCACACUUCAACAGCAGCAAAAUUGAUUUUACUGUUUUAGGAUUUUUCUGCUCACUAAAUAUUGCAGUUUCACUUGCAGCUGUUGUUGCAUUUUGUUUGUUUGAAACGAAUGAAUACAGAUUUUUAGUAGCUUUUCAGUUUUGUCUCUUCUUAUUGUUUGUAAAAUGUGUCUUUUUUUGGUGUUGUUUUUACCAAAAGAUGAAUAAAACCUUUACUAUGAAAUGUU